AUGUCUCGAUCGGAAUCACAUGCACAGAAUAUUGACUUCGUCAGCAACAAGUGGGAAGCGGUCAAUAAUCAUGUCAUGGGCAUCAGACAAAUCAAGACGCGGUUCGCUGGGAAACCCUACCGAGCAGUGUUCUACGAUCCAAGAGAAGACAACGAAAACAUCAGCAAAGACUUUGUCCCAUUCGAUAUUUCAAAACUGACGAUGAAAUCAGAUUCGUCCUGA